CGACGAGUGAGUCAAUUAAUCGGUCUGAUCUCGAUGGGGUUCAUUACAUAUAUAUUCAUACGGAUACCAGGCUGUCCCACGGGCAUCUCAGUCGCCCAUGUGGAUGCGUGAAUGUAUGCACAAACGAACCCAUCCCAUCGAUGGUCAGCUGCUAAUUGACUGAUUGACCCUUCAAAGCGAGGGUCCCUUGCCCGACCUGCCCUCAUCCCCUGCUCCUUCCCCUGUCCACCCGCCCCUCCUCCCCUUACCCAUUUCCGAGCCGUGCAUAACAUGACACCCAAAAAAUAGCCACACACGUGCCGCCAACCAUCAAUAUCACCCCUCAGGCCACCACACCCGUGGCCCCGCCCAUGUGUGUGUGUGUGUGUGUGUCAAUCUGGCCCCCCUGCAGAGUCGGCGCCCGAGUCCUCCUCUGACGCACGGCGGAUGGUGCGAUCGUCUUGCAGCGACAGAUGGUACCUCUCCUUGAGCUUGGACCGAUGCGGCUGCCGAGCUGUCGCUACUGGUGACGUCUGUAGAUUCCUCAGACGCUCUCGAUCUGACACACAACACAGGGGGGUGGGUAAGUGUAUCGGCGCAGACACAUAUUCCCGCCAAUCCUUCCUUACUUGCAGUAGUGACACUGUAGAAGGGCUGCACCUGUUCUGGUGGAAAGGUCUGCUGCCGACGCUGAAGGGACGUCAGCACCAUGCCGCUGUCGCUGUUGAACCGCUGGCUCCUGGACGGCAAAUGCACCACCGACGGAAACGCCGCCUUGUUCCCGCUGCCCUGCCCCUGCCCCUGCUGUUGCCGCACCCGCAGUCCCGCGCUGCUGUCACCCUGAUUCGCCGUCCGCCGAACCGUUGACAUCUUUGGUGUGAGGCUGGCGGUCCUCUGAUGGCCCGGGCCCCCCGCGGUCUCCCCCCUCUUGACUGGCCGGCCGUCGCUGGCGAUCGGCUCGCCCUCGUCGCCAGCGGCACCAGCACCGGCGCUGCGCUGCACCGGUGACUGAUGCUGCCCUGGCCGUCUGCACUUCUGCAGCACGUGCCAGGCUGAUGCGCCCGCCGACGAGACGAGAGCAAAGAAGCUCGAGGGGCUCUCUGAUGAAGGGUCAUGUUUCUUGCCCCGGGGGGCGAGUAGGGGGGAGAGGGCGGCAGCGAUGUGCCUGACGACAGCCUUGCGCACGGUGGUGAAGGCUCGGCCAAUUCGGAUGUGGAGGAACAGGUAGGCCUCGUAGAUGCCCCAGACGCAGAGAGGCACCGUCACCAGAUAGAAGCCUGCAUCCAAAGACGGAGAACCAACAUUCACACGCGCGUCAAAGAAUGCCAGGCAGCUGUCUGUGUCAGAACUCUCACGCCUGCCUUUACUGACUGACCAGGCAGCAGCGGGUUGAGUAGCACCACGACUGAGAUGAGUCCCCCGCCCCCGAGCAGUAGCAGCGAGUAGAUGAGCGGGUUCAAGAACAGCAGCACCAGCACCACCAGGAACACGCAAAACACCACGCCCACCAGCAGCAGGUAGAACAGGGGGGAGCACGGGUUGAGGAACAGCGCCGCAAAGGCCAGCAGCUUCAAGACGCGCUGCCACCGGGGCCCUCGCGACAUCUGCUCCCGCACCCUGGCCAUCAGGUGCGAUGACGAGCUGGGUAUCUCGUCCUCCUCCUCCUCCCCGUCUAAGAAGUCCCGGCUGGCCGCCCUCACGUGGUCGCAGCCCACGGCUGAGCGCCGCGUUGGGCACUGGAUGGGCGAGACUGCCGGGAGGUAGGACCUGAACGAGCUGUACGCUGGCACGGAAGACGGGUGCACGCUGGCUGGCGAAGAAUCUGCUGUCGCUGGCGUGACGGGAGGUGGAGAGAAGACGGGAGCGGCGCCGUGUGUGUGGGAGGGGUGUCGGAGCUGUUCGUAGGCCGCCCAGACGUCUCCGUACAUGCGGCUGGGGCAGCUCCUGCCGAGAAGGUCAUUGCGACGCUGCCACAUGAUGCACGGUGAGCGAAACGGCGGUACGACGCGAGGACCUUUGUCCAAUCAAGCAACAGAUGAAUGUCGAGCCCUCCACGACACUCCGCUCUUCGUUCACUCUUCGUUAGCGUUG